CUGGUCCUGGCUGCUUCUCCGCCGCUGAUUUUGGCUCCCAGACACCGUGAUCUGCAGGACAUUUGACCGGUGCUGGGCCCUCGAGGGAAGGCUCUUUCACAUGGACCAUGUCAGAAAAGGUGAACGGUGUUAAGAGUUCUAAAGCCAGCAACCAGAACUACAAUCACCAACCGGUCCCGUCGGCCAAAGCCAACUCCAAGGAUGAUCCAGAAAAGGCCACCAGCAGGUCGCAGUCCGUGGCCGAUGAUGACACGUCCUCGGAGCUGCAGAGACUGGCGGCAUCAGAGCAGACGGCAGAGAGAAAAGUCAGCUUCCGAAGUGUCGUUCGGCUGGUGGGGAUCGUGAGAGACUGGGUCAACAAGAAUUUACGGGAAGAAGAGGUCAGACCUGACUCAUUCCUCGAAAGGUUCCGUGGGCCGGAGCUUCAACUGGCUAAUGGUAACCUGGAAGAUGGCAAGACCAAGAAGAAUAAAGUGGAAUUCUUUGCAUUGGAUCCCGCUGGGGAUUGGUAUUACAGCUGGCUCUUCAUCAUCACAGUCCCCGUCCUCUAUAACUGGUGCUUGGUGGUGGCCAGGGCCUGUUUCAGGGAUCUGCAGAGGCAAUAUUUCAUUAUUUGGCUGGUGCUGGACUAUACUUCUGAUGCGAUCUUCCUCGCCGACAUCGUGAUCAGGCUACGCACAGGAUUUCUGGAGCAGGGCCUGCUGGUCAAGGACCCCAAGAGACUCGGGAAGACGUACAUCCGCACCAUGCAGUUCAAGCUGGACGUGGUCUCCAUCAUCCCCACGGACCUGAUGUACGUAGUCGUGGGCAUCCACACCCCGGAGCUGCGCUUCAACCGCCUGCUGCGUUUCGCCCGCAUGUUCGAGUUCUUCGACCGCACGGAAACCAGAACGUGCUACCCCAAUAUCUUCAGGAUCAGCAACCUGGUCCUGUACAUUCUGAUCAUCAUCCAUUGGAACGCCUGCAUCUACUUCGCCAUCUCCAAGUCCAUCGGGUUCGGGACAGACUCGUGGGUGUACCCAAACGUCACGGACCCCACGUACGGCUAUCUGGCCCGGGAGUACAUCUACUGCCUGUACUGGUCCACGCUGACCCUGACCACCAUCGGGGAGACCCCGCCCCCGGUGAGCGACGCGGAGUACCUCUUUGUCAUCUUCGAUUUCCUGGUUGGCGUCCUCAUCUUCGCCACCAUCGUGGGAAACGUGGGCUCCAUGAUCUCCAACAUGAACGCCACCCGGGCCGAGUUCCAGGCCAAGAUCGACGCCAUCAAGCACUACAUGCACUUCCGCAAGGUGAGCAAGGAGAUGGAGGCCAAGGUCAUCAAGUGGUUCGACUACCUGUGGACCAACAAGAAGUCGGUGGAUGAGCGGGAAGUGCUCAAGAGCCUCCCGGACAAGCUCCGGGCCGAGAUCGCCAUCAACGUCCACCUGGCCACGCUGAAGAAGGUGCGUAUUUUCCAGGACUGCGAGGCUGGCUUGCUGGUGGAACUGGUGCUCAAGCUGCAGCCCCAGGUCUUCAGCCCCGGGGACUACAUCUGCCGCAAGGGAGAUGUCGGCAAGGAGAUGUACAUCAUCAAGGAGGGGAAGCUGGCAGUGGUGGCUGACGAUGGGGUGACCCAGUACGCUCUGCUCCUGGCUGGGAGCUGCUUCGGCGAGAUCAGCAUCCUGAACAUCAAGGGCAGCAAGAUGGGGAACAGGCGGACGGCCAACAUCCGUAGCCUGGGCUACUCUGACCUCUUCUGCCUGCGUAAAGACGACCUCAUGGAGGCGGUGACGGAGUACCCCGAUGCCAAGAGGGUGCUGGAGGAGCGUGGCCGUGAGAUCCUGAUCAAGGAGGGGCUUCUGGAUGAGAGCCAGGGGGCGGCGAGCGUGGAGGUGACGGUGGAGGAGAAGCUCGAGCGCCUGGAGAACAACCUGGAGACCUUGCACGUCCGCUUUGGCCGCCUCCUGUCCGAAUACACCGGGGCCCAGCAGAAGCUCAAGCAGAGGAUCACGGUACUGGAAAAACAGAUGAAGCAAACCCAUGAAGGCGAGCUGUUUGAUGGGCUGGACACCCCUGAGCCGGACGAGGGGGGCAAGGAGGAUUGAUGGAUGAAUGG